AAACCUGAAGGAGAAGAAAAGAAAGCGGAUAAUAUAUAAUAAUAAUAAUAAUAAUAUAUCUACGGUCCAGGAGAGAAGGGGGGUAAAGGCUAUGAGUAGUCUAGUGAUGGGAAUGAGUGAGCAGCAGGCAAGAGCAGCACUAGUAGUGUUGAUAUCCUACUGUUUCUGUGUGGCUGCUUGUGCUAGCACUAGUAUUCCUAAGCCACGGGAAUGGCCGCACCAAUUCCACUCAAUUCUGAUGAUGAAUUACAGCGGGGAGCUGCAGAUAAUUGAUCUCUGGUACGACUGGACCAAUGGCCGUAAUUUCAACAUCAUUCAGAAGCAGCUCGACCCUAAUGUAGUUUAUGACCUAGAGUGGAAUAACGGCACCUCUUUUUACUACACCCUCCCCUCCAAUUCCAAUUCCAAUUCCGAUUCUGAUUAUACCCCUUACUGUAGCUCGGCUCAGCUCCAAGUUGGAAUUCUCCGUCCCAAUUGGCUUGACGGUGCCAAUUACAUCGGUCAACGCCACCUCGAUGGCUUCCUAUGCAAUGUGUGGGAGAAGGUCGAGUUUCUUUGGUAUUAUGAGGAUGUAGUCACUCGCCGCCCCGUUCACUGGCUAUUCUACACAGGAAGGGCUGCUCAUGUCAUGACGUUUGAGGUAGGGGCUGUUCUCGAGGAUGCAAAGUGGCAGGCCCCCGCAUAUUGCUUUGGGACUACAAAUUAUAAAACAGACCGGCUUGCAGAUAAUAAAAGAAAAGCAAGUAUUUGAAGGACACUUAAUGGAGUUUCUUCUGAGAGGUUCAUCGUCAGUUCUAAAUAUUGCUAGAGUAGAAUCUCGAUAAAUGAAUAUUUGGUAAAUCAAUAAUCUCCAUUAAAUAAUAA